AUGGAAUCUCAUUCCUCUUCUUCUUCAGCCUCUUCCACCACCACUUACUUGUCCCAAACCAUGCAACGUACAAAGGGUUUAAUCUCAAAUUCAAAUUCACUUCCUUAUCACCAAUCUUCACUUCACUCUGUUAGGAGGCCUUCUUCGAAGCCAUGGCGGAAGCCGGCAAUGGCUCCGCUGCCGCCGACCCCGCCAAGAAUCUACAAAGUGGACCCCAUUAACUUCAAAGACCUUGUACAAAGCCUUACCAGCGGGCCGGGUUUUUUGGAGGCUCGAUCUCUGCAGAACGUCGCACCGGCGCCGAUUGAUGUUCGGAGAAAUGCCUCUGUUCUGAACAAUGUUCUUUCUUCUUCUUCUUCUUCUUCUCCGGCAUCGAAAAUUAUUUCACCAUUUUCAGCCAUUUACAAGGACUUGGCUGAAACACUGGAAAUGAGUUCUACACCUCAUCAUCAGAAGGCGCAUGAUAGCAAUGUGGACCCUAGUUAUCUGAGACUGAACUUGCAGUCACCUUCUUCCCAUCAUUGGUUUUCUUUUCCUCUGCUCAGCCCAGGAACUAUGUCCAGUCUGGAACAGAGCACAGUGCUUUAG